AUGCCGGCGCUAAGUGCUGCCGAGGUAUUGAAAGCAUGGGAGGCUAGUCCAACAGUCUUGAAACCGACACCCAAAGAGAAGAUUGUACCAGUCAAAGGAAAGCGGAAUAUAUUGAUCACAUCUGCUCUUCCGUAUGUCAAUAAUGUACCACACUUGGGCAACAUCAUCGGAUGUGUGUUGAGCGCGGACGUUUUUGCUAGGUAUUGUCGGUUGCGUGGCUAUGAAACCCUCUACAUCUGUGGGACUGACGAGUAUGGCACUGCUACUGAAACAAAAGCCCUGCAAGAAGGUGUGACUCCUAAAGAGAUCUGUGACAAGUUUCAUGUCAUUCAUAAAAGCAUCUACGAGUGGUUCAACAUAGAAUUCGAUAAAUUUGGACGAACUACCACACCACAGCAAACAGAGAUUGCCCAGGAUAUAUUCCUGAAACUUCACAAGAAUGGCUUCACCUCCUCAUUAUCGAUCGAUCAACUGCAUUGCCAAAAAUGUGAUAAAUUUUUGGCUGAUCGUUUUGUGACUGGCAUCUGUCCAUUCUGUGGCUUCGAUGACGCUCGUGGUGAUCAGUGUGAUGCCUGCGGACGUCUUAUCAAUGCUGUCGAACUGAAGAGUCCUAAAUGUCAUAUUUGUAAGGUUUUUGUGGACUUUUACUUGUUAUCUCUGUUUCUUAUGCUGAAGAAAUGCUUACUGUCAAGUUGGCACUUGAUUGAAAUUGCCAAACCUGAUACGCGAUGGUCACCAAAUGCCAUAGCAAUAGUAAAGGGAUGGAUCAAGGGUGGACUUGAAAAGCGUUGUAUCACUCGUGAUCUGAAGUGGGGCACGGCAGUCCCUUUAGCAGGCUAUGAAAACAAAGUCUUUUAUGUGUGGUUUGAUGCCCCGAUUGGAUAUUUGUCCAUCACCAAAUGCUUACUAGGUGAUAAUUGGGAGAAAUGGUGGAAGAAUCCCGAAGAAGUAGAACUGUUUAAUUUCCUGGGAAAGGAUAAUGUUGCUUUCCAUGGUGUGAUGUUUCCUUGCACACAGUUGGGGGCUCGCGAUAACUAUACCAUAGUCAAUCACGUAUGUGCUACUGAG